CUUGAGCUUCAUGUGGCUCACAGAGACAGCAGGCCAAUACUUUCUGAAUAUCAUUUAAUUUCAUCUCCUCUUCCUUGGCUGGUCGUAGCUAAAUAUCUGUUGACAGAGCGACUGUUUCCAUCUGAGACUCGAGGAAUGUCCCUCGCUCUCCAGUUGUAGCCCAGUCUGGCAAGUCUGCCACAAGAUGAGCUCGGAGGAGCGCAGCUCCGCCAUGUCACAGAAGAUCUCCUCCCUGUCACGCAGCAACAGCAGCUCCUCGUCCAAGUAUGACAGCAGACAGGACAGCUGGGAAAUAGUGGACAGCCUGCGCGGAGGCUGCAGCAGCGUUGUGGAGCCCCAGAAGCAGGAGGGCUACAUGCUGAAGAGAAGAAAGUGGCCUAUGAAGGGCUGGCACAAGAGAUUUUUUUUACUUGACAAGGGAAUCCUCAAGUAUGGCAAAUGCAGUUCUGAUAUUGAAAAGGGGAAAUUGCAUGGUUGCAUCGACGUGGGCCUCUCUGUCAUGGCUGUUAAGAAGAAAGCCAAGUGUAUUGAUCUUGACGCCGAGGAAAACAUCUAUCACUUGAAGAUUAAGUCACAGGAACUGUUUGACGAAUGGGUUUCCAAGCUGCGCCAUCAUCGGGUCUAUCGGCAAAAUGAGAUUGCCAUUUGCCCUAACGAGAAGUCCUUCUACUACCCCCACUACCCCUCCCCCAAAUCCCCCAGCCGGGCAGAGGGAGCCUCCAUCAGAAGGUGCAUGUCUAUACGAAGGCAGUCCACCGUGCAUUCUCCUGGAGUCUUCCCUCUGAGCUCCAACAGCCAGGCCAAAGUAGCCGCCUGGCUCCAGUCAUCUGACGACAUGGACAAAUGCUCCAAAGACUUGUCAGUAUGUGAAGCCAGCUUGCUGGAGUUGAAUCACCUUCUUCAGAGCAUGGAAGUUCUUCACCGCACCUACUCUGCUCCAUCUAUCCAGGCACUACAGGCUUCUCCAUUUGACAGUCCCAAAAAAGAUAAACGACUCCCAAGGAAAUGGCGCAAUAAAAAUUACAAUAAGGAUGUCAAAACUACGCUCCAGGUACCCAGCUGCUUCUCAUCUGGCUCUAUCCGCCUCCAUGCCUCUAACCCCAAUCUCUCCACUGCUGCAGUCGGCAGUGAGAAAGCUGACCCCGAAUGUCUGGAUUGUCCUUUUGAUGUAGCAAAGCUGCAGGAAGACUUCUGCCGUGUUGCAGCCAACUUGCAUGCAACCAUGAAGUCAGUGCUGAAUUCACUAACAUCUGAGAGGGAGAGAUUAAAACAGUGUCUGGAUUACGAAUCAUGUCCCCCUACGUCACCGCGAGUUGUCAAUUUGAAGAACACACUGGCAGCGACUUUAACCCAAAACUCGGAGCUGAGAGAGCGCCUGAACAAGAUUCAUGCUGAAUCCCACAUCACAGAGCCCACACUAAUAAAUCUCUCUGCCCCUGUGCAGAAACAGGACUCUGUGGAAGACUCCCAUCCUCUGGUACACCAAGUCUCCAAUGAGAGCAGAGCUUCAAUUGCUGAGUCGUUGUCUGAGUUUUUUGAUGCACAGGAAGUUCUGUUGUCUGCUAGUUCCUCUGAAAAUGAGGUGUCAGAAGACGACUCAAACAUUAGUGACAUUAGUGACAACAUUUCCAUUGACAAUUUCAGUAAUGAAAUGGAAAGUGAAAGACCAAAUUCAGAAGGCGCUGCCCUUUGUCAGCGUAGGUCCUGCCUGCCCUCUCCCAGCCCAAACAACAGCACCAUCAGUCUGUGGAACAUCCUAAGGAACAACAUCGGCAAGGACCUGUCCAAGGUGGCGAUGCCUGUGCAUCUUAAUGAGCCACUGAACACCCUGCAGAGACUGUGUGAGGAGCUGGAGUACAGUGAGCUGUUAGACAGGGCCGCUAACACACAGGACCCUUUGCAGCGUAUGAUGUACAUAGCCACUUUUGUUGUAUCAGGCUAUGCAUCCAGCUACUACAGAACUGGAGGAAAACCCUUUAAUCCUGUUCUAGGAGAGUCGUAUGAAUGUGACCGAUCGGACAAAGGCUUUCGCUUUGUCGCAGAGCAGGUCAGCCAUCAUCCACCAAUCUCAGCCUGCCAUGCAGAGUCCAAAAACUUCGUCUUCUGGCAAGAUGUGAGGUGUAAGAACAAAUUCUGGGGAAAGUCAAUGGAGAUCGUCCCCGUGGGAAGCACUCAUGUGACUCUGCCAGGAUUCGGAGACCACUAUGAAUGGAACAAGGUGACAUCCUGCAUCCACAAUAUUCUCAGCGGGCAGCUCUGGAUUGAGCAUUAUGGAGAAGUUUCCAUCAAAAACCACAGCAGGGAUAUAUGUCAAUGCAAGAUUAAUUUUGUCAAGGCCAAAUAUUGGAAUUCAAGUGUGAAUGAGGUGGAAGGAACGAUUACAGAUAAUAAAGGAAAGGUUGUCCACAGGCUCUUUGGAAAGUGGCAUGAAGCUAUUUUCUGUGGAGACCCACCAUCAGCUACAUGCAUCUGGAGAGCAAAUGCGAUGCCAGUCAACCAUGAGCAGUACUAUGGUUUUACAAAGUUUGCAAUUGAGCUGAAUGAAUUGGAGCCAUCUCUGAAACUACUGCUACCGCCUACAGACACCCGAUAUCGAGUGGACCAAAGACUGCUGGAGGACGGGGACUUGGAGGCUGCGGAGGAACAAAAGCAGAGAAUUGAACAGCUGCAGAGAGACAGACGGAGAGUCCUGCAGGAAAACAGCGUAUCACAUCAGCCUAAAUUCUUCAGGAAAUCAGAGGACGAUGCCUGGGUGAGCAACAACACUUACUGGGACCUGAGGAAGGAACCCGGCUUUGCCAACAUGGAUAUUUCAGCAUUGUGGUGACUCCUGAGCUGCAGAUUGCCACAGUUCAACACACACAGCCUUUAUUGUGAUCCAGGCUGGUUCUGGUUCUGGUUCUGGUGAUGUCUGUACAACAGCUCCAUCAUCCACAUCUGAUCCAACUUCUGUACUGCAAUUCAUCUGAGUUAUUGCCUUAAUAACAAGUGCUUAUACAGUAAAUGUAGUGUAAACAUGUUCCAGCAUGUUUUCAGAAUGUUGAUCAGUUUUGGCUUUUUUUUUUCUACCUUAUUCCCAACUAUAAAAGACGAUAAAUCAUUUUCAUAAUUAAUCUGUAGGAGCUUGAAAUGUCCCAAACAACUCUUCACUUAAGCUUUUGUCUUAUCAUGGACAUUCUCUACCUCCGAGAUAAACUAGUCUUGAUAAGCCACUGAAUGAGUGUACACGUCCAAUAUUUAUUCAGAAUUGCCUGAUGCCUUACUAGUUGUCCUAGCAUUACUUAAUUUAAUUUUGUUGCCUAAAAUAUAUGUUUUGUAAAGAUAAGCAACAACUGUUUAAAUAAUAUUUAUAUCCUCACUGUGUUGAGCUUAUCUUUGUGUCUCACAACAGUAAUUACUGCUUUUUCUUUCUUUUUAGUAACGAAUGUGUGAACGGUUGUGCAAAUAUAUGAACAAUUAUCACUUUAAGUCUUUAAUCUCUUUUCCACUUUAUCUGUUGAACCAUCUGGACUUUGGGACCAAACAUGUCCAAAAGUGUGCCACAUAAGAUCAAAUAAAAUAUGACUCUUUCUUUUAUGUUCUCUUUGUUGAGUUUUUUUAUGAAUCAUUUCAAUGUAAUCAUCUGUAGGUUUUCCAUUUAUCUCAGGUGCUUAUCGUUUGAUAUAAAUGUUAGUUGAAGGUAGAAUAAAAGUAAUGAUCGAGUCAUCGCCUUGUUU